CGUGUUGAUUGUCAACAUUUUCCAAUAUGGCGGCGCCCUUGGGCUUUUCUCAAGCUAAGACAACGCGUCUGAAAAAUCAGGAUUUGAGCAAGAAGGGAAGCUUGGAUGAGGAGAUCGUAGAUUUGGUCAAUUGUAUAAAUGAUACCGAUUACCUGUGUACAACAAGUUCUUGUUCUGGACGCAUAAUCGUCAUUUGUGAGGACGAUGAUGUUAUCAAAAAGAAAGGUUGUCACUGGCUGUAUGUUUCACACAAGAUGGCAGACCUGGACUCUGUUGAAAGUGCGCUGAAAGAUCUUCAAGGCAAUGCAGUCUUCAAGUUUGAACCUUUUAUACUCCAUGUACAAUGUCGGGCAUUGCAGGAUGCAAAACUGGUGCAUAUGGCGGCAGUAGAGUCUGGAUUUAGAAACUCUGGCAUCACAGUGGGGAAAGCCGGCAAAAUCAUGGUGGCAGUAAGAAGCACCCAUGGGUUGGAGGUGCCUCUGUCCGACAGAGGACACCUUCUAGUUUCCUCCCAGUACUUGGACUUCUUGGUGCAACAGGCCAACGCCAAACUUGGAGAGAACUCCAAACGGAUUGAAAGGUUCCAUACAAAUUUGAUGAAACGAUUGGAAAACUACCAACCAAGUGUCCGUUCUGUUGCUUGUGAAAAGUCAUGCAAAAAUUGCUGCAAAGCUUACGAGAAAAGGCAGACCCGCAAGUCAGCAAGGGACACCAGUGAAAUAGAUACCAGCUCGGCUGACCCAAUGCACGGACAUUCUAAAAACUGCAAAAGCAAAGACUUGACGAAUGAGUCACAAUUAAAAAUACAAGGCGGGGAACCAGUUCCAUCAACAGCAUGCAUCAGUCAGAGAGUUGUGCAAACAGAUGAUGCGGAUACCAGUGAAAGGAAAGCCACUGUUGACAAUUGUCAAAGACUGGUACCACGCACAGUGGAAACCGAUGUGGAAACCGGUGAUGUCGGCGAUGAUGUCAUAUUUCCAUUUGAUUUGUUCACAUGACACAAAAGGGCAUCCGUUUGUACAGGAAAGUUACAUAACUUACGUUACUCGAUUAUAGCUCAUACUGUAAUACUCUAUUUUAUUGCGUUGAAUAUUGAAUCGUUCAGCUAUUCGGGUAGAAAAAUUCAAAGGAUUAAAAAAUUGAAGUUCAGGUACAAAAUUAACAUUUUGUUAGGGCUGUCCUGAAAAUACCAAAUAUUAGAAAGUCAACUGAGUAUUCGAAUAGCUUUUUCCGGUUGGAAUAUUAAAAAAAAAAAAAUACACACGUACACGUACAUGUGCACACACCACUGGAUGUUAUUUUCAUCGUAAACUCGCAGCGCUUAAUUGUCAGAUGCCACUUUUUUUGUCGACGGUAACUUUU